CCCCGGGAGGGGCGCCGCCGGCGGUUACUCCCGGCUGCGCCGUCCUGCGCUUGCCGCGUCCGCCGGCUCCUCAGUGCCCUUCUCCGCCCGUGGGAGCGGCGGGCCGGGGCCAGCCGGGGUGAGGGCCGGAGCCGGAGCGCCUCCCGCGAGCCGCGGCUGCCGGGCCAGCAUCAGCUUCCAAGAUCCGUGAGUCUUGGCAGCCGGCGUGGCUGUGGGCCGUGCAUUGGACCCCGUGUGGCUCACUGAGGCUGGUGGGUGGAGCAGUGGCAUCAUGCCAGCCUUGGCCAUGGGAUCUGGCAGUGACACAGGUCUGUAUGAGCUGCUGGCUGCGCUGCCAGCACAGCUGCAGCCACACGUGGACAGCCAGGAAGACCUGACCUUCCUCUGGGACGUGUUUGGUGAAAAGAGCCUGCAUUCACUGGUCAAGAUUCACGAGAAGCUCCACUACUACGAAAAGCAGAGUCCCACGCCCAUUCUGCACAGCGCUGCAGCCUUGGCCGGUGACCUGGCUGAGGAGCUCCAGGGCAAGCCAUGCAGCCAUGAUGUCAGAGAGCUGUUGAAACUGCUGUCCAAACCCAGCGUGAAGGCCUUGCUGUCUGUACAUGACACUGUGGCUCAGAAGAGUUAUGACCCUGUGUUGCCGCCCAUGCCGGACGACCUUGAGGAGGAGGAGGACUCCGUAAAAAUCAUCCGCCUGGUCAAAAACCGAGAACCGCUGGGGGCUACCAUCAAGAAGGAUGAGCAGACUGGCGCCAUUGUGGUGGCUCGGAUCAUGAGAGGAGGUGCUGCAGAUCGCAGUGGGCUGAUUCACGUUGGUGAUGAGCUCCGAGAAGUGAACGGGAUCCCAGUGGAAGACAAAAGGCCUCAGGAAAUCAUACAGAUCCUGGCACAGUCUCAGGGAGCCAUCACAUUUAAGAUUAUACCCAGCAUCAAAGAGGAGACCCCCUCCAAAGAAGGCAAGGUGUUCCUCAAGGCCCUGUUUGACUAUGAGCCCAGUGAGGACAAGGCGAUCCCGUGUAAGGAGGCCGGGCUUGCAUUCCGGAAGGGUGACAUCCUUCAGGUCAUGAGCCAGGACGAUCCCACAUGGUGGCAGGCAAGGCACGAGGGCGACACCAAUCCCCGGGCAGGCCUGAUUCCCUCCAAGCAUUUCCAGGAGAGGAGAUUGGCCCUGAGACGAACAGAGGUAUUAGUUCAGCCCUUGAAAGUUUCCAGCAGGAAAUCAUAUGCCGCGUUCGCUGGGCACAGCGGCGGAACCUACCUAGCUGGCUUUAGAAGAAGUUUCCGGCUAAGUAGAAAAGAUAAGAAAACAAAUAAAUCCAUGUAUGAAUGCAAGAAGAGUGACCAGUAUGAUACAGCUGACGUACCCACCUACGAGGAGGUGAUGCCAUAUCGGCGACAGACACAUGAAAAGUACAGGCUGGUCGUCUUGGUUGGCCCCGUGGGAGUUGGGCUUAAUGAACUGAAGCGGAAACUGCUCAUCAGUGACACCCAGCACUACGGUGUGACCGUCCCCCAUACUACAAGAGCAAAAAGAAGCCAGGAGAGUGAUGGCGUUGAGUACAUUUUCAUUUCCAAGCAUUUGUUUGAGACAGACGUACAGAAUAACAAGUUCAUUGAAUACGGUGAAUACAAAAACAACUACUAUGGCACGAGUAUAGAUUCGGUGAGGUCUGUGCUUGCCAAGAACAAAGUUUGUUUGCUGGACGUUCAGCCUCAUACGGUGAAGCAUUUAAGGACACUCGAAUUCAAACCGUAUGUGAUCUUUAUAAAGCCCCCGUCUAUAGAGCGACUGAGAGUGACGAGGAAAAAUGCCAAGAUCAUUUCUAGCAGGGAUGACCAAGCAGCUGCGAAGCCCUUCACGGAAGAAGACUUUCAAGAAAUGAUUAAAUCAGCGCAGAUAAUGGAAAGUCAAUAUGGCCAUCUUUUUGACAAAAUUAUAGUAAAUGAUGAUCUCACCACAGCAUUUAAUGAGCUGAAAACAACUUUUGACAAGUUAGAGACAGAUACCCAUUGGGUCCCAGUGAGCUGGCUGCAUUCAUAACUAGGGGGAAACUCCAGCAUCAUCUUUUCUUUUUCAUUGAGUGCAUGAUUAAAUUAGUUGCCAUUUUGGUGGUGGGGUUUUUUUUCCAUCGGUGUCACUGUCACAGCUGGUUUUUUUGUGUGUGUCUCUUAGAGCCUUAUUUGAAACACAAUGAGUGAAUUUAAGAUCAAGAAUCAAAAUUUGCACGGUACUGUUUUUCACGCACAUUGUUGAGCCUCCUUUUUAUCUUUAGUAGAACUCUGUCUCCAGUGUGAGGCUGAAUUUUUUUUUUUCCUAAAGAACUGCAGCUGGAGACUUGGGGUACGCUGGUGUCCGCCACUUCUUCCCAUCCCCAAAGUGGGCCUGACCAUCCAAGCCUGCCUGUUAGCCACAGACGCCUUAACGAGUGGCCUUGGCACUGCUCCACCCAGCCGGGAGCACUCGGCUGCUUCCCACGUGGCACAAAAUAAAUGGGCAGAGCUGACUGUGAGGCAGAUGGCACACCUGGCCCUGGCUGGCACGGUGCGUUCACAGGGCAUAGGUUUUCAGAUCCUUCUUGAAGGAGGGACUGAACAUUGACCUUAAGUAACUGCCAAGUGACAGCUUGAGAAGUCCUUAGGAGCACAUAGCUGCAGAAAUUUAAUAAGGGAAAAUGCGUUUUUUUUUAAAUCAUGAGAUGUGCAACUAACAACCCUCCCUUCAGGCAUUGUAAGAAGAACAAUGAUAUGUUGGGGCAAUAGAUGAUGACAAUUCUUAUCUGUAACUCCUCACGGGACUCCUUCUGGGGCCACCCAAACAGUUAGUUGUGUUUGAAGUGGCUUUAGACUUUGUGAAUCCGACAGCCUGAUUCCCACCCCGAAGCCCAUGAUGUGACUCAAGAGGAUACCAUCAUUUUGUAGGUCUGUGCAAUGAGUGAUGCCCCGAACAUGUCAAUUUCAUUAGGAUGUGCUUUAGAAAAUUGUUGAUGUAUGUUGACUUUUUUUGUCAGCAAAACAGUUGUUCGUGCCAGCCAGAUGCCAGCCUGACACUGGCUAUUGUUUGUUAGAGGUCCAGGGGAGAUGCUUAAUGAGCUGAACAUUGAGUGGGGUCGUUCCUUUCCCUUCAGUACUGCUGAGCUGCAAGUGAAUGGUACCGUUCAGCCUAUUGGAAAUCCACACAUUCUUGGGGAACACUCAAGCUGCCGAUGGAAGAUUGUUGCAUCUGUGACUUUCAUACAGAAAGAAAUUAUUUUUUGUUGAUCUAUAAAGAGAGUUUAAAUGUCAUGUUUAAAGAAAAAUAGAAUGUAGCUAAAUUUUAUAUAUUUAUGAACUGUUUGAAAGACAUAUUUUUUUAAUGAGCAGAUGAGGCUAUUCAUGAAAUAAAUUAAUUAUAUGUAAAGAUG